AGCAAGUUGGCAUUGGGGACACAGAUAGAGCCAAAAGUUAAGAAAAAGUAACAGUCCAUUGUUGUUUGUUGUCGCUUUUUGUUCAGGCUCUUCCUCCUUAGUUGAGCGGCUGGCCAGUCACCAUGGCAACAAAUGUGAUAAUCAACAACAACCAACAGUCUCAGCCUCCUCAGCCCCAGACACCAGCUAUAAUAGCCGUCCACUCUAACCAGUGGAGCACUGGCAUCUGUGGCUGCUUCGACGACUUACAAGUCUGCUGUUUUGCCUACUGGUGCUUCCCCUGUUUCGCCUGCACUACCACCUCAGAGUUCGGAGAGUGUUUCUGUCUCCCUCUGCUGGACCUCUUAUGGUUCUUCACCCAGCUGGUAGGGGUGUCUUCCUGUACCCCUCCUGUGUCCAUGUCCAUGAGGGUGGCGGUGCGCAACCGCUAUGGGAUUCAGGGUGACAUGAUGGCGGACUGUGUGUACUCCACCUUCUGCAACAUCUGCUCCUGGUGCCAGAUGGCCCGGGAGAUCAAGAGACGCAGACAGACCUUCACAGUCAUCAACGCCCAGUCCGCCAUGCUGCCCGGUCAGAACAUGGUAAUGGCCUUCCAGCCGGGGGUCAUCACAUCUCAGCCUAUGAUCAACUCCACCCCUCAGGCAGUCUUGACCACUGCUCAUGUGAUGUGAUUGUAAUCAUCAUUAAAGCUCACGUUUAUUUUC